AUGGAGGGCAUCCCAGGGGAGAUGCCGGGCACCGUCUCGGUUCAUGAAGCUCACGGUCUCGUCUCGCGGGGACAGGUAAACAAGGCAGGCAGGCCUGUCGAAGUGGCCAUGAACCUCCAGAACUGUGACGAGCAUCAGCGGAUGGGGUGUUGGUGGUGCCCUCAAGGAUCCCCACCCGGGAUCGUUCACCGUGGGACCCCCAUCGGGGACCGUCCGCCCCAGGCCCCCCCACCCGGGGCCUGCACCCGAGCCAUCCACUCCGGGAUCCCCACCCCGGCCGUCACCUUUGCGCCUCACUUCGGGCACGCGCCUUCCCUGCGAGCAGCCCCUGAGGCGAGGAUGGUCCCUGAGCUCCGCGUCCCCUCAGGCCUGCGGCUGGCCUUGCCGGGGGCACUGAUGCUGCUGCUUUCACGGGACCUCGAUGUCGAGACGCGCGUGGGGCUGGCUUCUGCCACCUGGGAGUGGACGGCUCCAGCCCCACGCUGGCUGCCCAGGUUGUGCAGCCUGACCUUGAAGAAGCUGGUGGUCUUCAAGGAGCUGGAGAAGGAGCUCAUCUCGGUGGUGAUCGCCGUCAAGAUGCAGGGCUCCAAACGGAUCCUGCGGUCCCACGAGAUUGUGCUGCCCCCCAGCGGACACGUGGAGACCGACCUGGCGCUGACGUUCUCCCUCCAGUAUCCCCACUUCCUGAAAAGAGAAGGCAACAAGCUUCAGAUCAUGCUGCAGCGAAGAAAGCGGUAUAAGAACCGGACCAUCCUGGGCUACAAGACACUGGCGGCCGGCUCCAUCAACAUGGCCGAGGUGAUGCAGCACCCUUCCGAGGGUGGCCAGGUGCUAGGCCUCUGCAGCGACAUCAAGGAGGCCUCAGUCAAGGUGGCCGAGAUCUGGAUCUUCUCCCUGUCCAGCCAGCCCAUCGACCAUGAGGACAGCACCAUGCAGGCCGGCCCCAAGGCCAAGUCCACGGAUAACUACUCCGAGGAGGAGUACGAGAGCUUCUCCUCUGAGCAGGAGGCCAGCGACGACGCCGUGCAAGGGCAGGAUUUGGACGAGGACGACUUUGAUGUGGGGAAACCCAAGAAGCAGCGGCGAUCGCUAGUAAGAACGACGUCCAUGACCAGGCAACAAAACUUCAAGCAGAAAGUCGUGGCUCUGCUGCGGAGGUUUAAAGUUUCCGAUGAGGUCCUGGACUCGGAGCAGGACCCUGCAGAGCAUGUCCCCGAGGUGGAGGAGGACCUGGACCUCCUGUACGACACGCUGGACAUGGAGCACCCCAGCGACAGUGGCCCCGACAUGGAGGACGACGACAGCGUUCUCAGCACCCCCAAGCCGAAGCUCAGGCCGUACUUCGAAGGUCUGUCCCACUCCAGCUCGCAGACAGAGAUCGGAAGCACCCACAGUGCCCGGAGCCAGAAGGAGCCUCCGAGUCCGGCUGACGUGCCCGAGAGGACGCGGGCCCUGGGAGGCAAGCAGCCAAGUGACAGCAUCUCCGACUCAGUGGCCCACAGCGCACCCCCCGCCGGGGAGCAGCCAGCGCAGCCCGAGGAGAGCCCGGAGGUGGAGACCCCUGCGCUGGACGUGUUCACCGAGAAGCUGCCACCCAGCGGGCGGAUCACAAAGACAGAGUCCCUGGUCAUCCCCUCCACCAGGUCCGAGGGGAAGCAGGCUGGCCGCCGGGGCCGGAGCACGUCCUUGAAGGAGCGGCAGCCGGCGCGUCCACAGAACGAGCGGGCCAAUAGCCUGGACAACGAGCGCUGCCCGGACACACGGAGCCACCUGCAGCCUCGCCUGCUGUGGAUGGCUGACCCGGCCUGCUCCCAGGCGGGCUGGUGGUGGCUGGCUCAGAGGCUCCCCCUCUUCCCUGCCUCCCAGUUCCUCUCUGACGUCCUGCAGCGGCACACACUCCCUGUGGUGUGCACGUGCUCUGCGGCUGACGUCCAGGCGGCCUUCAGCACCAUCGUCUCCCGGAUACAGAGAUACUGCAACUGCAAUUCCCAGCCCCCGACCCCCGUGAAGAUCGCGGUGGCGGGAGCACAGCAUUACCUCAGCGCCAUCCUGCGGCUCUUCGUGGAGCAGCUGUCCCACAAGACCCCCGACUGGCUGGGCUACAUGCGCUUCCUCGUCAUCCCGCUGGGCUCCCACCCCGUGGCCAGGUACCUGGGCUCCGUGGACUACAGGUACAACAACUUCUUCCAGGACCUGGCCUGGAGAGACCUGUUCAACAAGCUGGAGGCCCAGAGCGCUGUGCAGGACACGCCGGACAUCGUGUCGAGAAUCACGCAGUACAUCUCAGGAGCCAACUGUGCCCACCAGCUGCCCAUCGCAGAGGCCAUGCUGACCUACAAGCAGAAGAGGAGAAAGAACUUGCAUUUUGACUUUACCCUCAGCCCCGACGAAGAGUCCUCUCAGAAGUUCAUUCCCUUCGUGGGGGUGGUGAAGGUUGGGAUAGUGGAACCGUCUUCUGCCACGUCAGGCGACUCGGAUGACGCAGCCCCCUCGGGCCCCAGCGCCCUCUCGUCCACCCCGCCGUCCACAUCUCCUGCAGCCAAGGAAGCCUCGCCCACGCCACCCUCCUCCCCGUCGGUGAGCGGGGGCCUGUCCUCCCCCAGCCAGGGCGUCGGCGCCGAGCUGAUGGGGCUGCAGGUGGAUUACUGGACGGCGGCCCAGCCCGCAGACAGGAAGAGAGAUGCGGACAAGAAGGACCCGCCCACCACCAAAAACACACUCAAGUGCACCUUCCGGUCUCUCCAGGUCAGCAGGCUGCCCAGCAGCGGCGAGGCCGCGGCCACGCCCACCAUGUCCAUGACCGUGGUCACCAAGGAGAAGAACAAGAAGGUGAUGUUUUUGCCCAAGAAAACCAAGGACAAGGACGUGGAGUCUAAAAGCCAGUGCAUCGAGGGCAUCAGCCGUCUGAUCUGCACGGCCAAGCACCAGCAGAACAUGCUGCGGGUCCUCAUUGACGGGGUGGAGUGGAGCGACGUCAAGUUCUUCCAGCUGGCGGCCCAGUGGUCCUCGCACGUCAAGCACUUCCCCAUCUGCAUCUUUGGACACUCCAAGUCCACCUUCUAGCCCCGCCCACCCAGGGGCCGCCGGCUCCCCACCCUGCAGCCCUGCGACAGCCAGCCGCGCGUCAGGAGGGCCCAGCUGCUUUUCUGUUAACGUUUCAGUUUACUACAGAGACAGACCCUUAAAAACACAAAGAGAAACAGUCUUAAGUAUGGAUGUGCUCACAACCUGGAAACUAACGGGGUGGUCCCCCUGGGGAGCCCGUAACUGCUCUGCUUAUUAACCAGAACGUUCUGGCAGGGGCGGGGGGUCAGGGGGACAGUGUUGAACUUGAGAAUUGCGGGAGGUGUGUGUGUUUGGGCCUCAGGACUCCCCUGCUCCUCAGCCCCCCAGCAAGAAGGGUUCCUGCCUUUGGGUCCUGUCCUCCCUGAAAGCCAGGUCUGUGCUUCCUCAGGGAGCCAGGGUCAGGUCGGCAGCCACACAGAACCCCCCCCCCAAGGCACCGAGCUGGGUGCCCAAAGGCCAGCCUUCUAUUGGGGGCUUCCUGAGCAGAACACAGGCCAGUCUGCCCCACCCCGGGUCCACUUGGAGUUCCCAGUAAACUCCAGCCGCCUGGGGCAGUGGAGGUUUUACAGUAGCGGAUAUUUUUAAUGCUUUUAAAUACAUGUUAUAAUGUAGCUGCCAAACAGACGUUGCUCUUCUGAAGUCCCAGCAGCCCCUUAAGGCUGCUGUGUCCCGGCCCCCAACACCCGCCUCACCCACAGGGCUCGCUUCCCCCUCUGCUUCUGCUAGUGGUCUCCACCCUGAAUUUAGCAAGCACGGUGGCUGCCUCCUGCCUCCCAACCGUGGCCCUGCCUUGGGGGAGGUGUCUGGGCCAGGCAACGGGUGCAUGUCACCUGCAACACAACUGUGGCCUACGAAAGCUCAGGCAAGGUGGCCAAACCAUAGGGGCCAGCAUCGUUCAAGCCGUGGGUGCAGCUGGGGCACCUCACAGGGCCAGGGGACCCAUCUCUCUAGGCCAGGCUCCUCAGAGCCAGGUUUGGGGUUUGGGUCCCAUAGGGGAUGGCAGCCCUACCUUCCACCUUCCUACAGCAAGCGGGGAGGUGUCCCCAGUCCCCCACAACCCUGUACCCCAGGUAUCUGCAGGAGAGCCCACCAGCUCCUGCCCCUUGGCAGCUUGGCUGUAGGACCAUGGUGGUCGGUUUCCUGAGGCUGAGAGUCACACAGGCCGUGCUCAGAAAGACAGUGCCAAACGCAGGACAAGCUGCACACCUUCUUCGCUCCCCUGCACGACAGGCCUCUCCAACAGCCCGUGGCGCGGAGGGUCGCGGCACAGAGGGUCCCUGCUCUGGGGUGGUGAAACAUGGCCCGUUUUCCUUACCUGUGCCCUUCCCGCUUACCUCCUCCCCGCAGGCGGCUGUACAGGGUCCGAGUGUCCAUGGCCGAGGGACCUGCAUCUAGCUGACAGUCAGGCCUUGGGCCUUGGACCUUGGACCAGGGGCCCUGCGCCUCCCUGGUAAGGACCUGGGUGAAGGUGCAGUCUAUUGAGCUGAUGGACCCUCGGGAAGCCUCCCCGCCCUCAUCCAGGGCCUAGGUCACUGGUCCUCAAGUUUCCUUCUAAAGGUCACACUCAACAGGAAGGAGGUGCCAGGGAAACGCCCUUGACUUAGCUUUCCAGCUGCAGACCUAGUUUUAGAGGACGGGGCCAGAGUGGGUCCCGUCCACCCUGGCUGUGAGUGGUCCCCUUCCCACCCCCCACCCCCGCUAUCCUCAUGCCCUCCCUGGCCUCACCCGUGGCUGUCUCCUUGGACACACAAGAAGACACCCAGAACCACCACCCCAUGCCGCAGGGCCCGCCUGCCACACCGUUCCUGGGCCAGGAAGGCUACGCAGCCAGCCCAGCCAUCAGCUCGCUUGCAGACCUGGGCUUGCACACACCAGUGUCCUAGUGCCCAUGUCGGCUGCACGAGGGGUCCCUCUCUACUGCCUACCUCAUGGAGCUGCUCUGAGGAGAUGUGUAAGAGCACUUUUCCCCCAGAGGAAGAUGACGCAGAAGCCAAAGCUGUCUGUGACUGAGCCACUGCAGCCGUGAGCACGUGGGGGCCCUGUGGGGUGUGUGAGGGCCGUGGGCCCCAGACUGUGGGCCCACAGGACUGGAGCUGCCCCCUUAGAGCUGGGCUUCUCAGCCCACUGGGUGACCAAAGAUUAAGCCACCAAGUCACCUUUGGGCAAGGCCAGGCUCCUAGUGGCCUGGUGGCGUCGUGUGGGCAGGUUCCAGCCUCACCGAGGCCAGGUGGAGGCCAGCUCCCACGGUGUAUCUGGGCCACUGCUUCCUCCCACCUCAUGUUGGUCCCAUGGGUCACCAUCUCCUCCGAGCAUGUAGGCUGGUGUCCUGAGUCAGUGUCACAGCCAUAGCUCAGGGAGGAGAGGGCUUCUGGACCCAGAGCCGAGGAUCUCUGUGCAAAGACUGGCAGAUCAGAGUGGCCAGGGCCAGCACUGCUGCACUGCUGCACUGUCCUCACUCCCAGACAGGAAGGCCAGCUGCCUGAUCCCUACACCUGUUCCUCGACCCCCUCCCCAGACCUAUGCUGUCCUCUGGUAAGGUGGAGAGGAAGCAGAGUCCCGGGCGGGGGCCUGAGGGCCGAGCUCGGGGGCCCCCUUCCGUGGGGCUCUGACCCCCAUCCAGGUCAUUGUGCAUUGUUUGGUUUCUAGGAUGUAUGUGUUGCUAGUUUUUUUUUUAAUGGAAAACAAUUAAUGUAAAUAGCUUUUUUGGGAAACAGAUUCUAAUCUGUCACAUA